UUGUUGACUGCAGCUGUAAUCAGAGUUUCCAUCAUGCGAAUUAAGCCAAAUAUCUGGUCGUUUGAUUCAUAUUUCACAUUCUUUAUAUUGGUAUUUCUAAUUCUAGACUCUACCUGUAUUGUAUAUGAGAAGAAGUACUUACCAUUGGGGGCAGACAUAACUAUUGAAUGUAAGUCUCCAACACCUGGAGAACCGUCAUUCUCUGGAUCUUUUGUGAGAAGGAAGAAUACACAUGAGUUUAUCUAUUUGGAUGCUGUAUAUAUGCAGAUUCGUGACUUCUCCCAAAAUAAUAGAGGUACAUAUCGUUGUAUCUCUGGUGACAACAUUGUAUCUGUGACGUCCCUGGAAUUAAGUGAGAAACCUGCGACAGAAGACAUAGUGAAGCUUCGCUCUGUGGGAGAUGAGCUGCUCAUGCACUGUAGAAGACUUACCCGCGCCACGCACGUACAGUGGGACUGGAUCCCAUAUGACUCAGGCAGGACAGUGAGCAUCAACGUGGAAAAUGAGAAAAUAAUAAGUGACAACAACUUUGAGAGUCGUCUGGAGAUUUCCUCUGACCUGACUAUGAAACUCUCACCGGUGCGUUUCAGAGAUGCGGGCACAUACCAAUGUCUCUUUUCUGACCAGACAAUUGGGACGUCUUAUACUCUCAUUACUAUUCAAUUGUCAGCUUCUCCGUCCUCUGAGGUUGUCCGUGGAAGCAAUGUGUCUCUGACCUGCUCCCUCCCCCAUCUCAGCCCCAUGAAGUAUAAUUCGCUAGUCUGGGCAAAAAUGACUGAAACAGGAUUAGUUCCUGUAAAGACUCAAAUACUAAAUAUUACAAUGAAAGAGAACAUUGUUUUCAUUAAGGAUGUCAGUGAGGAAGACUUACACUGGACGUGCCUUGUUUUCCAUCACAGUGAGUUAGCAGCAUUCAUACAACUGCAACUGCUAUAUAGAGGUACUCCGGCAGAGCUGGCUACAAACAUAUAUCAGACAUCAGCAGCCUAUACCCGCAUCAUCAAAGGUGCUGCUGAGAAUGAGAAUAUCCUACGGAACAGUGUAUUUUAUGCUAGAAAUAUCUGUUUGGUUCCUGCCUUUGCUGUAACUCUUCUAAUCAUAUACAGAAUAUUUAAAUAAAGUUUAUUUUGUUUAUUAUAUAACUAUAUAACGUUUCAAUUGUU